AUGUCAAGACUUCCUAAACAUUCUCAAGUAUCUACUUCGGGUCUUCCUGCUCCACAGAGCAAAAGACGUACUUCCAGUGCCGCCCAAAAAGUUAUUUUAACACCUGAACAAGAGGCUUUAUUACAAGAGGCAUUAGUAAAAUAUCAUCCAGAUAUGGCUACCCCGGCUACUUCUAAUACGCAAACGAAUAUAAGUCCACCCAGAAAGUCCGGAAUGACCUUCUCCAGGAUGGUUAAGCCGUCUCUUAAGUCCACGAUGGAAUCACCUACUACUAAUACAUCCGAUGGUCGAAUUACCUCACCAAACUCUAAUCCCUCCUCUCCUCCUUCCCACAUCUCAAAUUCUUCACCUAAACUCCAGCGACUAUCACAAAUAAUUUCUCCCCCCUUACGUGCCGCUUCACCCUCCCUUUCUCGAUUUUCCGUAGGUGAACGUGUAUCUGUGGACUCAAUUAAUAUCACAGGGACUCUCAAAUUUAUGGGUCUUAUUGAUAUUAAACCGGGAAUCUGGGCAGGUGUUGAAGUAGACAUUCCUGGUACAGGAAAAAAUAACGGAGACAUCAAUGGUGUUUCAUAUUUCACAUGCGCUCCCAAGUCUGGUAUUUUCAUUCUGGCAUCUAAACUUUCAAAGCCAAUAGCCACGGAAUCGAGCCAAAGUAAGGCUGCGCCUCCCGUCUCAGCCCCAUCAACUAAUGCGCUUAAUGCCGCGGCGGCCGCGUCCCGAAUCACAGAGGGUUCGUUAGCAUCAAAGUAUGUUGGUGUCACGGCUUCGCAGCUUAAGCAAAGAACGUUGGUAAAACCUGCCAAAAUAAUCACCUCCCCAACGAUUCUAAAUCCUAAUAAACAGAAUCGUAGAUUGGCUCGCCCCGAUUCAAAUAUCAAUCCUCCACAACGUCAAUUAAGAAGUGAUUCAUUAUCUUCAAAUGGAUCCUCCGCUUCGAAUCCUUCGACAUUUUAUAAUAGAACGGGUAUACACCGUUCCCGAUCAUCAACGCCAAAUCUACCACCAAGGUCACUGACGCCUUCCGACAAUGAAACUUCAAACUCAUCAAUUUAUAGAAAAACUGGUGUACCACGUUCUAGAUCACCAACACCCAAUCCACAACCUAGAUCAUUAACACCUUCUGAUACUGAAACUUCAGUAUCUACUCCAACAGCUCAUGGGGAAAUGGUAAAUAGUUCACUACAAACGAAAAUCCAAAAUAUACUAAACAAUUCCGGAUCUACUGAAGGAAUUCCGCCAAAUCUUAUAGAAAUGCAAGCCCUUCGUAUUCAGGAAUUACAAAAAAAGAUUGAAGUUUUGGAAGCUGAAAAUAAACUUAAUAACCAAAAAGCUAUCGGUCUUUCCGAAGCUACCGAGAAAUGGGAAGCAGAAAAAGAAUCAAUAGAGAAAUCUUCUAAUGAAAAGAUAGCUCUGUUGAAUAAACAAAUAGAACAAUUGACUUCUCAGGUGGAAGACUCGAAGGUAACCAUUGAGCAAUCACAAAAAACCAUUGAGGAUAAGUUGGCUGAAAUAAGUGAAUUAAAUGAAAAGUUGAAAGAAACUCAAAAGAAUUUUGAUCAAAUAAAGAAAGAGUUGGAUGAAACUAAUGAGAGUGUUUCCGAACUCAGGAAUGCGGGUAAAGAGGCAAUCCAAAUUUAUGAAACGAAAGUGUCAACUCUUGAAAAGCAAAAUGAAAGUUUAAAAAAGGCUGGAAGGUCUUCACUUUCCUUAGUAGAAGAAUCAAAUUCUAAACUUCGACAACGAGAUUCAAUAAUUAAGAUGUUGCGAAAAGACAAAGAUGAAUUAAUUGCAGCUGGAUCUGAAGCUAUUGUUGUAUAUGAGAAAAUGCUUGAAAAACAAGAAUCCGAAGCAAAAGCUACAUUACAUAAACAAGAAGAAAUUUAUGAGAAUCUAUCGAAAGAAAAAACAAGUACUCAACAAUUGUAUGAAGAAGCUGAAAAGAAACUUAAAGUUGUCGAUGAACAGUUAAAAGCCAAAGAUAGAGCAAUAAAAGGUCUCGGCGAAGAGUUAGCAGGUAUGCAAUUCGGAGUGGAGGAGUUAAUGCGAAAUGAUGCACAUUCGCGUGAACGUAUUAGUCAAUUAGAAGAGGAAAUUCGAGAAUCGAAUGUCUUUAUUUCUAGACAGAAAGAAGAAAUCAGUGCACUUAAAACAAAUUUAAGUAAUCUUAUGUCUAACACGGAUGAAACCGAAUUUGAAAAGGUCAAAAAUGUUUAUGAAAGUGAUAUUAACCGAUUGGAAAGUGAGAAAGAAGCAUUACAAAAAUCAUUGUCUGAUGCACAGGCAGAAAAACGGUCUGCUGCCAGUGAAUUAGAUGAUAUGAUUACAAAGAACAAGAAUUUAGAAAAGAGUAUCCAAGAUCUCAAAGAUGAGAAAGUGAAAACUAAUUCUGAAUUUGAAGAAACAAAUAAAAAGAUUGAAGAAUUAAAAUUAAGUAUUGACAAGAAGAGUCAAAUUGUUAACGAUGCAGAAAUGGAGAAAAUGGCAUUGCUGUCAUCUCGUGACAAUAUUAAAAAAGAAUUAAGUCAAGUUCAAGAUCAAGCAAAACAAGACGUGGACAAAUUGAAAUCACAAAUUGAAGUUUUACAAUCACAAAUUGAAACUUUACAAUCACAAGCAGCUUCAACCGAUGACAUUGGAAUUCAACUUGAGACUAAAGUUUUGGAAUAUGAACGUUUGAAUUUGGAAUUUGUAGAAUUUAAGGAGGAAGUCACUAAAAUCCGGUCAGAAAAUGAAGAAUUAAAGAAUAAACAACAAAUUAAUGAACUUCGAGCUAACGUAAAUGAAGUUGAUAACAAAGAAUAUGAGAAAAAAAUAGAAGCAUUCAAACAACAGAUUACUGAACUUCAAACGAAUGUAAAUGAAGUUACGAAUGAAAAUUUAAAACUUACUGACGAAAAUAAAAAGACGAUUGUCGAUUACGAGAAAUUAAUAGAAGCACAUAAACAAGUUGAGAAUGAAUGCAUGAAAUUAAUGGAAGAACUGGAGAUUUUGCAUAGCGAACAAUUGGGAAGAAACGACUUUGCACCUUUGUCACCUCCAGCCGAAGCUAAUGACAAAGUUAAUGUAAUAAUUUCAGAUGACGCAACAACAACUAAUGCUGAUGGACCAGAAAUAUCACGCCUACAAACACUUUUAUCAGAUAAACAGAAACAAAUUGAUCGAUUGACGUCGACUCAUAAAUCGGAAACCAAAGAAUUACGUCUUAAACUCCAUGAAUUGGAGAAAGAAAAACAAAAAGAAAUUAAAACUUUACACAGAGAAGUUUCCGAAUUAGAAUCAUUAAUAGAAAGUAAAAUAUUCCGAGAGGCAGAUUUAGAGGAACAAGUAGAAAUGAAACGAAUCUCUAUUGAAAAAUUAACAGCCGAAUUGGAAUAUGCUCAAGAACAAUUGAAUGAAAUGAAAAAGUUUGAUAAAGAUCUUGGAUUUGAUUUAAGUUAUGAAAGUUCCAAGAAAGAAACGUCACCUUCAUCAAAAAUAUAUUGUGAACUUUGUGAUGAAGAAGGUCAUGAUUUAAUGAGUUGCAAAUCAGUUUUUGAUCAAGGUUCAAAUAAAAAUAAUGUAAAUAAAGAUCAAACUAAUGAAAUUAAUGUAAGCGAUUCUCAUUGUACAAAAGAUUGUCCUAAUCAAGAUGAAACUUUUUAA